AUGUGUGUUCUCCUGAUUUUCAUCUUGACGCUGCAUCGGGCACACUCGGCCUGCGUCCUGGUGAAAAUCUGUACGGAAAAUGCUGAAGUUCAAGCCGAGAUCGUGGACGUGCACAACGCCUUCAGGAGAGCAGUUCAGCCCAGCGCCGCCAACAUGCUCAUGAUGAGCUACAGUGAGGAGAUCGCAGUGGGCGCUCAGGCCUGGGUCGACAGGUGCAUCCUGGCUCACGGAGCACCGAGCACACGCAUGCUCAACGGAUACGAACUCGGUGAGAACCUGUACUAUUCAUCAUAUCCCUUCUCAUGGACGGGCAUAAUCACCAUCUGGCAUGAGGAGGUGACACACUACAACUAUCCAAAUGGAUCCACCGAUGGGAGUUCAGUGGGUCACUACACCCAGAUCGUGUGGAACAGCUCGUACAGGGUCGGCUGUGGCGUGGCUCAAUGCUCCAACUUCUAUUUGUACGGCUGCCAGUAUUACCGGGCCGGUAACUUCAGAGGGGCGCUACCUUACAAAGCCGGACGGCCGUGUGCUUCCUGUCCCGGCAGCUGCGUGGAGAAGCUGUGCACAAAUCCCUGUCCUCUUGUUGAUAACUUCCUGAACUGUCCGACCCUGAAAGCCAUCGCCGGGUGCAGCAACAAGCUGGUGUCCGCCUGGUGUCCCGCCUCGUGCACAUGCACCACAGAGAUCAUUCCAGUCGGGUAA